AUGGGCAGGCUGGAUGAUGGGAAUGACAGCACCUCCAUGGGGCCAGAGAAGCUGCAGGCAGCUCUACUCAAGAGCCCUGUGCCCUCAUUCUCCUCCAUCUCUGUGAUGUCACACUGGAUUUCCUUCCUGCAGCUCUGGGCUGCGGUGGUCAUGGGGCUCCUGGGUCAAGCAGGGGUAGGGAAGGAGCCUGCUGGGAGCCUAGGGGGUCUCAUCAUGCCUCUCUUGAAGGAGCCCUAUCCCCCCACUCCAGUCCAGUUUUCGUGGAUCCUCCAGAGUUUGUUUGCUGCCUUCAAUGUGGUCCUGUUGGUCAUAAUCAGUGGUCUCUUCUUCGCAUUCCCUUGCAGGUGGCUGGCGCAGAAUGGGGAGCAGGUCUUUGUCAUCAUCACAGGCCUCCUCUUUCUCCUCACCUUCUUCAGUCUUCUUUUUCUUAACUUCUCGGACCCGGGCAUCUUGCAUCAAGGCUCUGAUGAACAGGGCCCCAUGACGGUCCACGUAAUGUGGGUGAACCAUAGAGCCUUCCGCCUGCAGUGGUGCCAGAAGUGCUGCUUCCACCGCCCACCCGGGACCUUCCACUGCCCCUGGUGCAAUAUCUGUGUGGAGGACUUCGACCAUCACUGCAAAUGGGUCAAUAACUGCGUCGGUCAUCGCAACUUCCGCUUCUUCAUGCUGCUCAUCCUGUCCCUAUGCCUAUACUCGGGCGCAGUGCUGACCACCAGCCUGAUCUUCCUAGUGCGCGUGGCCCACCUGCCCUUCUCCAUCGACAAGGCCGUUGCCGUCCUCGUGGCUGUUCCGGCCGCCGGCUCCCUGGUGCCGGUGUUCGUGCUGCUGCUGCUGCAGGUCCUGUCGGUGAGCGCGGGAGAGCGCUCCUACGAGGGCAAGUGCAGAUAUAUUCAGGGAUACAACCCCUUCGACCACGGCUGCGCCAGAAACUGGUACUUAGCGAUUUGUGCACCACUGGGAAGCAAGUAUAUGGCUGAAGCUGUCCGCCUGCAGAGAGCGGUGGGCACUCCCUGGGUUCCCAGGCAGGCCCCACAUCUCCUUUCAUUCCCCUCAACACUCAGCCCCCCUGCAUCUUCUGUGACGAGCUCCCAGCCCCAGCCUUUGGGCCUCCAGAGAGAAGGUCCCCAAGGGAGUGGUGAGGCUACCACCCUCCAGGAGCGCAGGAUCCGCGGUUUUCCUGAGCGCAAAAUGGAGCCGGCGAUCCAGCUGAAACAGGACGCUUUCGCGCGCUUGCGGGAGACCCCAGGGGGCGGGGGCGGCGACCCCCGCCCACACCAGAUAGAUAUUUAAACCCACCUCCCCCACGUGUGCUUCCCUUUGGAUCCGGCUGCGGAGCGAGCAUGAAGGAAGAGCCCAAGGGAGCGCCCUUGGACUCCAGGCAGCCCACUGAACUAAUUCCGGCAUGGGACCAGAGACCCCACGGUGUGCUGAAACAGUGGGACCCGGGCAUCCCCCAAUUCUUUUAACCUGUCUCUCUCUCUCAACUCCUCCCUCCUGAACACAGCGCAGGACUUCUCCAUCUUAUGAGCACCAUAAAAGGGUAAAAGUUUGUAGUGAUGUUAUUUCUGGUUGUACUUUCCCUGGACUUUAUACAGAAACCCAAAACCGCGCGGCCGCGGCAGCGGCCGCGCGACCUAAUGUCAUCUUAGCAUCAGCAAUAUGUAAUGGUUCGCUUUUAAUGGGUCGGACUUUUGUGGGAGAUCCUAACAAGAAUAGUAAGUCUGUUGCUGAAAUAUUGAAGGCAAUCAAAACGGUAGCCAUCUCUCUAGACUAAACUAAGCUAUAUCCCCACGCCAGCUGAGAAGAAAUUUUCUUCUUUCUCGGGAAGAAACGCGGCGUGUCGUCAACUACAGUGUGAUGUCCAUUAAGCAAACAGACCUGGUGGCGUGGGAAUGGGAUAUAAGGGGAAAAAUUAUGUACAUGGAACAGUGGGACGCUGGUGGAAUCUCGAGCCGGAGCCGAUACCAGCGCAAGACCUUCGAUUCCAGAAACUGCUUGCAGACACUCUACUAGUCUAUCAACUAAGCCAGAGCCCCACAUCUGCUGAUGACGGGAAAUAACCAUCCUUUUCGUUUUUUUUUUCCCUUGUCAGGCAGCGUGGCGAUUACUAAACAGGCGUGAACUCGGUGGCGCGGGGCAAGGGGGAAAAAGAAAAGUUAUGUAACAAACAGCGGGACUUAAUAUCUCUAUAUUCUUAGCAGUGGAGAACUAUCAAAUGCCUCCUUGGCAAUAGGACUGCUUUUCUUUUUUGGG